AUGUACGACCAGCUGAACGAUGCAUCUAUGAGCCACAGUCGACAACUUGGCAGUUACAUCACACUGCUGCAGAUUUACGAGCACUUUCCCUCGGUCGCGGAGUCCACCGCUGAUCAGGACUACGACGAGGCUUCCUCGCGUGCGUGCAGGUGGAUUGCGACGAAGAAGACCGUGAAGAGCAUUCGCACGCCGGCGUACAAGGAGCACCUAGACCGACUCCGGAUUCCGGAUGUCUGUUGGAUCCCUUAUGGGGAGCAUCGGGAGUUUGGCUACACACAGACCAUUCCUGCUCCUCCUGUCGAUUCAUGGGUCUCGUAUGAUGAUAUACACGACAGGUGGAUGCACUACGAGGAUCAUAUCGUUCCAGCAGGUGAGGUGUGCGUUGUGCUAGGGGUGUGUUCCAGUGACUACAUGGACUGGUUCUUCUGCAUCUCCCAUCCUCUUAUGACACCAGGCCACGCAUCAGAUCCUCUGCCUCAUGGUCACGCCCCGCAGCCCCGAGUCGUCCCUCAGGCCCCACAGACGGAUAUCCCUCACGUGCCGGAGCCAGGAGCAUCGUCGACAUCUGUGGAGGAGCCUAGACAUGCAGUGGAAAUUUGUGAUGACAUUGCUAAGAGGUUGGAGCGCCAUCUGAGUCUAGGGGUGGUCACGCCUGGCUCAUCGACACAUGAGGUGAUCGAAGAAUGCCUCAGAUUGGCCAGGAGUGUGACACAGGACCAUCUAGUAUAUGUUAGGUCUAGACGCAGGCGACGCACAGAUCAGGCGUAG